UUUACGAGUCUUGCUCAUUGAGUGGACUGCAGUGAGGUCCCCCGGCCGCUGGGUGGCGCUGUGAUUUCUGCGCUUUUAGUAGAUAGACGCGCUGACAUUGAACCGGCUACAGGAGCAAUCUCAUUCAGGAGUGAUUGAACAGUUUGCGGAUGUGUGAUGCACCCUGUGGGCCAGCGUUCACACACAUUCACAUGUGGAGAGAAAGACACAGAUACAGCCAGCCCCAGAGCCUUGCAUACAGGACUGCUAAGGGCAGUUUAUAUGUUCACCAUUCCUCGAGUGCAUGCAGCUGACAUUGUUGAUUCUUUACCAAAACAUGUGGGCAAGCCGGAGUUCCCAGACACAGGAUGGGACCGCGUUAAAGACAUAUUCGACCGACGAGAUGGACAGGCGUACUCGGAAGAGGUGAAGAAUGUGUCUAAGAGUGCUCUGACGGCUGCCUUGGUGGGACUGUUGUACGGAGGCCUGCCUGGAGCCCGACAUGCCCGUGAGAGGUUCAUCCAGCUGAGCCAGGCUGAGAUCUAUCGCAGCAGAGUGGAGGCAGUGCGUUCGGCUCAUAACGCAGCUAUCCGAGGCUUUGUGAGAUACGGCUGGAGGUGGAGCUGGAGAAUCGCCGCUUUUGUGACACUUUUUAACACUGUCAGUACAGGCAUUUCUGUGUACAGAGACAGUAACGCCUUGAGCCAUUUCGCUGUGGCGGGGGCUGUGACCGGAGGUGUGUUCCGAAUGAAUCUGGGCCUCAGGGGAUUGGUGGCAGGAUCUGCUAUUGGUGCUGCGUUAGGUGUGCCUGCUGGGGCGUUAAUUGUUGGGCUACAGAAGCUGGGAGGAGAGACCAUGCGUGAAAAACGACGACGGGAACGAAGAGAACUGUAUGAGCUCAGGGUGGCUGAAUGGAACGCACGUCUGCAGCUUACUGACCAGAUAAUUGGAGAAUUUAGUGGCCAGGACCAAGACACAGAAGGUGACCUUCAGCGGAUCCAUGAGCUCCUUAGUCAACCAAGGAACAAAGAAUCGACUAAGGAGUCUUAACAGAUCUGAUUAUCGUGACUGACUGAAGUUAUAGAUAAAAACAUGCUCACAAAUGAAGAGUGCUGGCUCUUCUGAUGGGAGAUGUAUUUGCAGGAUUUAAGCUGAAAGAUAAACUGGUUGCUUCCAAACAAACAUACAUUACACAUCAUGUGCUAAAUAUUUUUGCACAUCAGUCCUUCAGUUCAUUUUCACCCUCGUGUUUAAUUCCACACUGUUCAGUGUUGCUCUGUAAACCAAUACAGUAAAAUAUACAGUAUAUGUAACUUUUAAAUGUACCUUGUCUUCUUGUGAGACUUUGGGGCAAGAAUGUGGAAAAACUAAAAAAUGCCAAACCGUCAUCUGAGUUGUUGGGACUAAAGACAUUUAGUUAUUUGACUCUUAUUUGUAGACCAGAGAACCACAAAACUCAGUGUGACUGUCCUAGUAGAGUGUGUGUGUGUGUGUGUGUGUGUGUAUGUCAUAUGGUGCUGUGAGCUCGUCACAUGCCUUGGUCACUUCUGGAAACAAGAUGGCACGACACCUGAGUCCAAGUUCAACAUGUGUAUGAACACAAACGCAGACCUGCAGCACCAUCAAGAGGAGAAAUCCAGUUACAUGGGUUUACUCAUUUCUUUUUACAGACAUAUAAUUUGUAUUUAUAAAUUGUAUGAAUAUAUGAAAAUGU